UGUCCGGAAGUAGCUCCGGUUUGUUCGGCUUCUCAUUUUUGACAGAAAGAAAAGCUCCAGAAAAGCAGCUGAAGAGUUGUAAAAGUUCUGUCCGGCGGCGGCUGGUGUGACGGAGGCCGGGCGGGCUGAUCCGGUGAACCCCCCGGGGGCUGAAACAUGGGCCUCCUGGCGAGGGUACGGAAGGAAUGGUUCAUCGUCGGGAUAGUGCUGGUCAUCUUAUCGGCCAAACUGCAGCCCAGCGUCGGUGUCAGAGGAGGGCCAUUAAAGCCGGAGAUCACCAUCGCGUACGUUGCCGUCUCGCUCAUUUUUUUCAACAGCGGCCUGUCACUAAAAACAGAGGAGCUGACCAGCGCGCUGCUUCAUGUCCGGCUCCACCUGUUCGUUCAGUCCUUCACGCUCGUCUUCUUCCCGCUGGUCGUCUGGCUGCUGCUCAAAGUGCUCGCGCUCACCGCCAUCGACCAAUGGCUGCUCAGAGGGUUACAGACGGUGAGCUGCAUGCCCCCUCCGGUCUCUUCGGCUGUUAUUCUCACCAAGGCUGUCGGAGGCAACGAGGCUGCUGCCAUCUUUAACUCAGCGUUUGGAAGCUUCCUGGGAAUCGUAGUGACUCCAGUGCUGCUGCUGCUGUUUCUCGGCUCCUCCUCCGCCGUUCCUUUCUCCUCCAUCUUCUCUCAGCUCUUCAUGACCGUCGUGGUUCCUCUGGUCCUGGGUCAGGUGUGCCGUGGUUUCUUCAGGGAGUACCUGGAGCGGAGGAAGCUUCCGUUCGGCGCCAUCAGCAGCGUCGUCCUCCUCCUGAUCAUCUACUCCACCUUCUGCGACACCUUCAGCAACCCCAACAUCGAGCUGGACCCCACCAGCCUGCUGCUGGUCGUCCUCAUCAUUUUCUCCAUCCAGAUCAGCUUCAUGCUGCUCACGUUUGCCUUCACUACCAGGUCGGGCUCAGGAUUCAGCCCUGCAGACACGGUCGCCAUCAUGUUCUGCUCCACACACAAGUCUCUAACUCUGGGUAGACACACACACACACACACACCCACACACACACAGACUCACACACUGUGGAGGCCCUGGAACACCAGGCACCAGGGACCCCGAGAACCCAGAAUAACCGGAGAACCCAGUGGCCCCGUGGACCGGAGGAACCCUGUGGGACCAGGAAUGGACCCCACCGAGAACCCGGAACGGACACCGAACCCAGGAACAACCGAGAACCCAGGAAUCGGGACAGACCACUGA